AUGAACCCGCAAGACUCGUUCGUUUGGACGACGUUCCAGCCCGACUCCUUUUGGGCGCGGAAGCGCAACGUUGUGCUCAAGAAUACAAUACCGUUCCAGCUUGAAAUGCUUAAGGCCACUGGGAGGUAUGACGCAUUCGAUCUCCAAUGGCACCCCAUAUACGAUGACGAGCCCGCUACUUGGCCAGUGCCCAAGCAUCUUUUCUGGGACUCAGAUGUCGGCAAGUGGAUCGAAGGUCUUGCUUACUUCGGUGAUCUCGAGGCGGGAGAUUCGACCCUUUUGGAUGAGUCCGCCAAGGAUCUUGUCCAGAAGAUUAUCAAGGCUCAGCAGGCGGAUGGCUACGUGAACAUACACUUCACCGUGGUCGCCCCAAAAGAGCGCUUCACCAACCUGCGAGACCUACAUGAGCUGUACAAUGCCGGACAUCUCAUCGAGGGUGCUCUUGCCCAUCAGUUACGGUUUAAGUCGGACGAUUUCAUGAGGCCGGUGAAGAAAUACAUCGAGUUACUGCACAAGACAUUCGGACCUAGCGAUGGACAGAUCCAUGGUUACCCAGGCCAUCCAGAAAUCGAAUUAGCGCUCAUCAGGUUCUAUAAGAGGACUGGUGACAAGAAAGCUCUUGAUCUUGCUGAAUACUUCAUACAAGAGCGAGGCAACCCAACUGGAGCAGACGGAAAGCACUACUACGACGUUGAAGCCUCUGCCCGUGGAGAGAGUAUCCAUACUGCGCCAUCGUAUUAUCCGGCUGCGCGAAGCUACUGGUAUAAUCAGGCGCACACGCCGAUUCUCAAACAAGAGACCAUCGAGGGCCACUCGGUUAGAGCAAUGUAUCUACUGACCGCCGUUGCUGACAUGGCCGUCCUUGAUCCCAAGAAGUUUGGGCCGAGCUACCUACCCGCUCUCACAAGACUCUGGGACAACAUGGUGAAUAAGAGAAUGUAUCUGACAGGCGGAAUUGGAGCUAUCAGUAAAUGGGAAGGUUUCGGAAUUGACUACUUCCUCCCUCAGUCUACUGACGAAGGCGGUUGCUAUGCCGAGACUUGUGCCGCCAUUGGCGUCAUGAUGCUGGCAGAGAGGAUGCUCCAGAUCGAGCUUGAUCGCAGCUACACUGACGUCCUCGAACGUGCCCUUUACAACGCCAUGCUGACUGGCAUGUCUGUCGAUGGUAAGGCAUUUACCUACGUCAACCAACUCGCCACAUCAGAGGAGGAUGCAUCCAACAAGCGUGAGGAGUGGUUCGAAUGCGCUUGCUGUCCCCCGAACGUGGCGAGAGUCCUCGGACACAUCGGAGGAUACUUGUGGACAGCAAAGACAAACUCGGAGGGAUCAGUCACGAUCAAUGUUCACCUGUACGCUUCUGCGUUGCUCGAUUACACAGUGGAAGGCACUAAAGGCGAGGUCAAACUACGUCAGACAACCAGUUACCCGUGGGAGGGCAGCGUCGACUUUGAGCUAGAGACUGUUUCUGGCCUCGAAGUAGACAUCAAUAUCAGGAUACCCAGUUGGGCGGGUGACGCUUGGGAGAUCACCCCCAAGCCUCCAUCGAAAUCCCUUAGCAAGGGCUACUUGCAUCUUGACAUGGGUUUUCUGAAGAGUAACUCAUCGUUCAAACUAAACGUGCCCGUUACUCCCCGCCUUAUCCGCCCACAUCCGUUCACACUACAGCGAGUCGUCGCCCUCGCUCGGGGUCCACUGGUUUACUGCCUCGAGGAUGUCGACCACUCAUGGGUCAAUGAUCACUUCAAGUCGCUUGCACUAGCGCCGGGAGUCACUCAGGCUGCAGAUGCUGGUAACUUGCGCGAAUGCAUUGUUGAGGAAGAAAAAAGAGACUUGCCGCUCGGCGAGACGUACGUCGGCGUAACGAUCAAGAAAGGCGGGCUCGUUAUCCCACAAGAGGACUUGCUACCGUGUUUGGAAUCUAAGGGCUUAGGGUCCCUGAUACGAGGCAUGACUGGCGUCGACCUUCACUUUGUGCCAUACUGGGCGAGAGCUAAUCGGGGUGGAAAGGGUCAGAUGCGCGUUGGCAUCAGAACGUUGGACGGAUAG